AUGUUACUCAUAACUGUCGCUCAUAACGCUUUGCUAAAAAUUUUACAAACUGAAGGCUUAAAUGUUCCUAAAGAUGGACGAACUUUAAUGAAAACUCCUAAACAUACAAUUAUACAAAUGAAUAAUGGUUCUUAUGUACAUUUCGGUAUCGAACAAAUGGUUUAUCCAAUUUUACUUAAACAUAAAAAUUAUUUAACAAAUAUAAAGAAUUUAAAGUUUGGUAUAAACGUGGACGGGUUACCGCUAGCCUCAAGCUCAAAAAGCCAAUUUUGGCCUAUUUUAAUGUGUAUUGUUAAUGUAAAAGUUAUAUCUAAAUAUGUUAUACCGAUUGAAAUAUUUCAUGGGUUUGAAAAGCCAUUUUCAGUUGAUGAAUUUUUAAGUUUUUUUUUAAUAGAUGCUUUAAGUAUGCUCGAAAAUGGUAUAAAUGUUGAUAAUACUUUAUAUAAUAUGGAAAUAGCUCAUAUUGUAUGUGAUGCACCAGCUAAAGCAUUCUUAUUAAAGGUGAAAUCACACAAUGCCUACCAUGGAUGCAAUACAUGCAUUGAUGAAGGUGUAUUUAAUAAAACAAUGACUUUUUUAACUACUAAUUCACCUAUGAGAACAAAUAAUUCAUUUAGAAAUAAAACCGAUGAUAGUUAUCAUAAGGGUACAAGUCCAUUAGAAAAAUUACCCAUAAAUAUGAUUGAUGAUAUACCAGUCGACAACAUGCAUUGUGUGUAUGUCGGUGUAACAAAGAGGCUUAUUAAAUUUUGGGUCAAAGGUAAAAAAGAUAUUAGAUUAUUAGAUGAAUCAAAGAAUGAUAUAAAUAAGAGUAUUUUAAAUUUGAGAAGUUAUGUGCCAUCAGAAUUUGCUAGAUUGCCAAGAUCUAUGGAUGAUAUUGAUCACUGGAAGGCAACAGAACUAAGGACUUUUAUUUUAUAUUAUGGUCAUAUCGUUUUAAAAGGAAAAUUAAAAAAACAAUUUUAUCAACAUUUUUUACUUUUAUUUAGCGCAAUUAGGCUUUUAGUCAAUUCAGAGACUUGUAUUUUAUAUAAUGAAAAAGCAAGGAUUUUAUUAGAACAAUUUAUCAAUGACUAUGCUAUUUUAUACGGAUCUGAAUUCAUUACUUAUAAUGUACAUAACCUUAUUCAUUUGCCUUACUUUGUUCAAAAACAUGGUCCACUUGAUUCGUUUAGUGCUUUUAGGUUUGAAAAUUAUCUUAAAGAAUUAAAAAAAAGUAUUAAAUGUGCCAAAUAUCCUUUACAAGAAGUUAGUAACAGGAUUAUUGAAAAAUACAAUGAAAUAAAUAAUUCUAUUGCAAGCCAAAUAAAAUAUCCACUAUUUCAAAAAGAAAAACUAAACAAUAAUUAUUCUUAUAUUGUUGGUGAAUUAGCUUAUGAAAGAGUGAUUUUGCAAGAAAACUGUUUAUUAAACAUUAAUUCUGUUAAUAAUAAAUGUGUAAUGUUAAAAAAAUGGUGA